GCGCGCCACGCCCGAGUCCCAGGCGUGCCGCUGGCCAUGGCGCUGUUCUACGUCGCGCGGUACCCGGGCCCCGAUGCGGCAGCUGCGGCGGGGCCGGAGGGCGCGGAGGCCGGGGCGCACGGCAGGGCCCGCGCGCUGCUCGAGCGGCUGCAGAGCCGGGCCCGCGAACGGCAGCAGCAGCGGGAGCCCGCGCAGACCGAGGCGGCUGCACCGACCGAGCCGGCGACCAGGAGGCGACGGCGGCCCCGGCGGCGGCGGCGGGUGAACGACGCGGAGCCGGGGAGCCCGGAGGCGCCGCAGGGAAAGCGACGGAAGGCGGACGGCGAGGACGCGGGCGCAGAAAGCGACGAGGAGGCGCCGGGGGAGCCCAGCGCAGGGAGCAGCGAGGAGGCGCCGGGGGAGCGCAGCGCCAGCGCCGAGGCGGCCCCAGAUGGACGGGCCCUGGAGGAGGCGGCCGGACCCCUGGUCCCCGGCCUGGUGCUGGGGGGGUUCGGGAAGAGGAAGGCGCCGAAGGUCCAGCCUUUCCUGCCAAGGUGGCUGGCUGAGCCUAACUGUGUCAGAAAGAAUGUCACGGAAGAUCUGGUUCCUAUCGAGGACAUCCCUGACGUCCAUCCUGACCUGCAGAAGCAGCUGCGGGCACACGGCAUCUCGUCCUACUUUCCAGUCCAGGCAGCUGUGAUUCCCGCCCUCCUGGAGAGCGCAGCCUGUGGGUUUCUGGUGGGCAGAGGCGGCUACCGGCCUAGCGACCUCUGUGUUUCUGCCCCAACAGGCAGUGGGAAGACACUGGCCUUCGUCAUCCCUGUGGUGCAGGCCCUGCUUUCGAGAGUGGUCUGCCACAUCCGUGCCCUGGUUGUGCUGCCCACCAAGGAGCUGGCCCAGCAGGUGAGCAAAGUUUUCAACAUCUACACAGAUGCCACACCUCUGAGAGUCUCCCUGGUUACGGGACAGAAGUCUCUGGCCAAGGAGCAGGAGAGCCUCGUCCAGAAAACAGGUGAUGGGUACCGCUGCUUGGCUGACAUCGUGGUAGCCACCCCCGGCCGCCUGGUGGACCACAUCGACCAGACCCCAGGAUUCAGCCUCCAGCAGCUCCGCUUCCUGGUUAUCGACGAGGCUGACCGGAUGAUUGACAGCAUGCAUCAGUCCUGGCUGCCGCGGGUGGUGGCGGCCGCCUUCCAGAGCGAGGACCCCGCGGACCCCUGUGCCCUGUUCCAGCGAAGGCAGGCCCAGGCUGUGACAGCCGCCAGCACCUGCUGUCCCCAGAUGCCCCUGCAGAAGCUGCUCUUCUCAGCUACUCUGACCCAGAACCCUGAAAAGCUGCAGCAGCUUGGCCUCCACCAGCCCCGGCUUUUCUCCACAGGGCUAGCACACAGGGGCCUGGAAGAUACAGAUGGGGACGGGGAUUCGGGGAAGUAUGCCUUUCCUGUUGGGCUCACGCACCACUACGUGCCCUGCAGCCUCAGCUCUAAGCCGCUGGUCGUCCUGCACCUGGUCCUGGAGAUGGGCUUCUCGAGGGUUCUCUGCUUCACUAACUCCCGAGAGAACUCCCACAGGCUCUUCCUGCUGGUGCAAGCUUUUGGGGGUGUGGACGUGGCUGAGUUCUCCUCGCGCUAUGGGCCUGGCCAGAGGAGGAUGAUCCUGAAGCAGUUUGAACAGGGGAAGAUCCAGCUGCUCAUCAGCACGGACGCCACCGCGCGAGGCAUCGACGUGCAGGGUGUGGAGCUGGUGGUGAACUACGACGCCCCCCAGUACCUGAGAACCUACGUGCACCGGGUUGGGAGGACAGCUCGCGCUGGGAAAACUGGACAGGCCUUCACACUGCUCCUGAAAGUGCAGGAGAGGAGAUUCCUCCGGAUGCUAACUGAAGCUGGGGCACCUGAGUUGCAGCGGCACGAGCUCUCCAGCAAGCUGCUGCAGCCGCUGGUUCCUCGGUACGAGGAGGCCCUGUCCCAGCUGGAGGAGUCUGUCAAGGAAGAGCGCAAGCAGAGGGCGGCCUAGGCUGGGGCUCAGAGGGCCGGAGGGACUGAAUGCUCACCACCCUGACCCUCCUUCCAGAGCAGUGCUGAUCACUGGAUCCUGUAUGUGAGGAAAGGAAUCCCCCAGUGGACACAGCCUUCCUCCCCAGGCACAUGGUCUCUGCGCCAGGCAGCCCGGGCAUCAGAGCUCAAGCACCCGCCCCGACUGGAGACUUUAGGGCUUGUCACUUUCAGAGUGUGGAGGUCAGGAUGGCUGCGGGCAAUGAAGCCUUAGUAAAACGGUGAAAAGUACUCCCAGACGGACACGGGCACCUGUCAUGCUUUUGGCUGAGAGUUGGGGGCAUUAACCUUGAGCUAAUGUUAAAAAUCAAGCUCUUGGCCAGGCAUGGUGGCUCAUGCCUGUAAUUCCAGCACUUCGGGAGGCCAAGGCGGGUGGAUCACCUGAGGUCAGGAGUUCGAGACCAGCCUGACCAACAUGGAGAAACCCUGUCUCUACUAAAAAUACAAAAUUAGCCAGGCAUGGUGGUGCAUGCCUGUAAUCCAGCUACUUGGGAGGCUGAGGCGGAAAAAUGGCUUGAACCCGGGAGGUGGAGGUUGCAGUGAGCUGAGAUUGCGCCACUGCACUCCAGCCUGGGCAACAAGAGCAAAACUCCGUCUCAAAAAAAAAAAAAAAAAAAUUGCCGGGCGCGGUGGCACACGCCUAUAAUCCCAGCACUUUGGGAGGCCGAGGCAGGUGGAUCACAAGGUCAGGAGAUAGAGACCAUCAUUGCUAACAUGGUGAAACCCCGUCUCUACUAAAAAUACAAAAAAAAAAAAAAAAAAAAAAACAACUAGCCAGGCGUGGUGGUGGGCACCUAUAGUCCCAGCUACUCGGGAGGCUGAGGCAGGAGAAUGGCGUGAACCCAGGAGGCGGAGCUUGCAGUGAGCCGAGACUGCGCCACUGCACUCCAUCCUGGGCAACAGAGUGAGACUCCGUCAAAAAAAAAAGCUCUCCUCCCCAGAUUUGUGAACCUUGUGAUUGUUCAGUGGACACCUCACGUAUUGCUGGUGGGAAGGUCACAUGUGGAGACAGCUGGGCAAAGCCUUGGGGCGUUAAACAGAGUCACUCAUGACCCAGCACUUCCUCUCCUAUGCACCUUGUAUACCCCAGAUCAGUGAAACCUAUAUCCACACAGAAACGUACACAAAUCUCUCAGCAGCAUUGUUCACAGUAGCCAAAAACUAGAAACCACAUGUCCGUCAGCUGAUGAAUGGAGAAUAAAACGUGGGAAAUCCACACCAGGAGAGAAAAAGGAGCGAGGCACCAGCACGGGCACCACGUGGAUGAACCCGGAACCUGACGCUAAGUGAAGGAAGCCUCUGGAACCCGACGCUAACUGAAGGAAGGCUCCGGCUAUAGGGCGUGUCCCAGGCACAGCCAGAGAUUGAAGGGUGCCGGGACCGGGAGUUGGUGGGGGUUGGGGCUGGGGACACAGUGGCCAGUGUGUGGGUUUGUUUUGGGGAUGAUGAAAAUGUUCUUAGAUUGUAUGUGGUGAUGGCUGCUCACCUCUAUAAACCUUUUACUAAAAACCA